AUGAUUAACGCUGAUGUCUCCAUCGUUGGAGUCGGCAAUAUCGGGGCGGCCAUGGUGAGCGCAUGGCUUGACUCGGGGUUGAAGGUCACAAUGUGGAAUCGCAACAUCAAUCGACCAAAAAUCGCCAAACUUGUGGAAAGGGGUGCAACGUUCGAGCCAAACAUCAACGAAGCAAUGCGUUGCAGCGACAAAAUUGUCUUAUGCGUCUCAACUUACGAUGACAUUGACGAAGUUCUAUCGCCCAUUCUACCCCUCAAAGGAACCGAGAGAAGCAUUACGGUCAUCAACAUUACCACCGGCACGUCUAAGCAAGCCCGGGAUAUGGAGACGCGUCUUAAAUCCAACGGCAUUGCUAAAUAUUUCGACGGCGCAAUCAUGGUCACUCCCGAGCUUAUUGGCACGAUGCACUCGUCCAUGUUCUUUAGCGGAGAAAACGAAGCCGAAUUCGAAAGCAUCUCGGGGAUUCUCAGACCGCUAGGAAGUUCUCACUACGUCGCCCAGGACUCCGGCGCAGCAAGCCUUUGGGAUAUUGCGGCUCUUGCAGCCAUGUAUGGCAUGUAUUCCGGAGCGAUUGUCGCGCUGAAUGUGCUCAAGCGGCAGCGGCUCGAUGAUGUGGCCACAGAAUCACCAUCAACUGAAAUACCGAUGAAGAAGAUUGUGCUCCCUCUCCUCUCGACACUUUUGCCUCAUCUAGUCAAUCUAUCAAGAGCUUUGGAUAAAGAGGACUGGGACGAGAACUUUGGAAAUCCGGUCUCGAUGCAGUUGAAGGGGCUGCAGACCAUCUUGACAACCUUGGGAGAGGAGAAGGUCAACGCGGACGGGCUCGAGCUGUUUUACCGAAUGAUGCAGCGCGUGGUGCAAGACAAAGGUGAGAAUGCAGGAUUAGCUAUCAUGGGAACCUAUCUGCUGGAAUGA